GCACCUCUUUAACUCGUACGUUUCAUUAGCAACUCUGUCAUUUCUUUGUAAUAUUUCCUUGUACGUCCUGGAGCGCCUGUCAUGAUAAAACCCUACAUUCAUUUUACUCUAAAAUCUCCCAAUACUGCUCGCUCUCCGUAUCUCUUCGUCAUUCAUUGCAGAUCUCAUGGCCGAACUUGAUCAGAAAUAUGAAAUUGAACAAGCUCAUGAACAUGAAUACCAACCUGAACCUGAACCUGAACACGAACAUGAUCAUGAACAUGAACUUGAAAAUGAUCUUGUGCAUGAACAUGAACUUGAACAUGUAAAUGAACAUGAGGAACACAAUGAACCAGAAGAUGGAAUACCAGAGAACUCACAUCCUGAUGAAAAACAGGCCCAUGGAGAUGAACCAGUUGCUGGCGGUGGUGAAAAAUGGCCAGGUUGGCCUGGUGAAAGUAUUUUCAGGAUGUUGGUGCCUGCACAGAAGGUUGGUAGUAUAAUAGGACGUAAAGGAGAGUAUAUAAAGAAAACAUGUGAAGAGACUAGAGCUCGGAUUAAGAUUCUUGAUGGUCCUCCUGGAACAAGAGAAAGAGCAGUUAUGGUAUCAGCCAAGGAAGAGCCUGAUGCUCCUCUUCCUCCUGCUGUAGAUGGUCUUCUCAGGGUUCACAAACGUGUUGUGGAUGGACUGGAGAAUGAUUCUUCUCAUCCUCCAUCGGGUUUAGGAGGAAAGGUCUCGACAAGAUUGCUUGUACCAGCUGCCCAAGCAGGAAGUUUGAUUGGGAAACAGGGCACAACUGUCAAAUCCAUUCAAGAAGAGUCUAAUUGCAUUGUUAGAGUUCUUGGAUCAGAAGACCUACCAGUUUUUGCCCUUCAAGAUGAUAGAGUUGUGGAGGUAGUAGGGGAGGCUGCAGGCAUACAUAAAGCUAUUGAAUUAAUUGCUUCCCAUCUGAGAAAAUUUUUAGUUGAUCGGAGCAUAAUAUCAAUAAUUGAAAUGCAAAUGCAAAUGCCUAAUUCACAGAUGGAACACAUGCCUCCCACCCAGCACUGGGGCCCACCUCCCCAGUCGUUUCCACCAAAUGCACAUGCAGGUCCUGGUUAUGGAGCUAGCCCGCGUUUCAUGCCUCCUUCUAGGCAGUUCGACAGUUAUUAUCCUCCUGCUGACAUGCCGCCACCACAAGAAAAACAACCUCACCAAGGUAUAUCUGCCUAUGGAAGGGAAGCACCAAUGCCUGUGCAUUCAUCAUCCAGUCAAGCAGCCCCUUCAGUAAUCACUCAGGUGACGCAGCAAAUGCAAAUUCCGCUAUCUUAUGCUGAUGCUGUAAUUGGUACACAAGGUGCAAGUAUAAGCUACAUUCGACGGGUUAGUGGUGCUACAGUUACCAUACAAGAAACAAGAGGAGUACCUGGUGAGAUGACAGUUGAGAUUAGUGGAACUGCUUCUCAAGUCCAAACUGCUCAGCAACUGAUUCAGAAUUUCAUGGCUGAAGCUGGAGGCCCACCUCAGUCACAGCACGCCGCAUCAGCUGAUCAAGGAUACAACUCUUACGGAGCUCAUGGCUCCUUGUACACAUCUCCUCCUUCAAAUCCUAAUCAUGCUGGACAAACCGGUGGCUAUGGCUCAGUUUACGGCAGCAGUUAUGGUUAUUGAGUUAUGUACCAUGUUAUUUGUUGCAGUACUAGCUUGUCUAGACAGCUAAAAUGUAUGUCAAUUGGCAGCAACGCACUUCUUUUCCCAAGGGAUUUGAAAAGACAUAGAAAGAUAAACAUCUUGUAGGUGCCAGGGUGAGAGCGGGCAAGCAUAUACCGUUGCUGUUUACCCAUCGUGAAGCCUUUCUUUCUUAGUGGUAGAAACUAUCUCCAUGCACUCACAUAUAUGUCCGCUUUGAUACUCAAGAAUUCUGUAUUUCAUGUUGUAUUUGUUGUCUUUGUUACAUUUCUUAUUAGGAGUCUUUGCUUAUUCUA